CGCUGCUGCUGGAGGGGCCGCUGGCGCCGCUGGUGCUCAACAAGGUGGCCUGCUCGGUCCUGUCCGCCCCCUGGCUGCUUCCCGAGCUGUGUCGCCUGGUGCAGCGGCACGAGGCGCGGCUGCUGCCGGAGGCGCUGCCGCACGCCAUCGGGCCGCUGUGCGGGGCGCGGAAGCUGGGGGAGCUCAAGGAGCUGGCCCGCAUCCUGGACGUCAGCCCCGACCAGCUCUUCACCGCCUACGCGCACCACGCCUACGCGUACGCCUUCUGGCGGGAGACGCGCGACUUCAACUCCUUUGUGGACGCGCUGAUGGACGAGCAGCAGGCCACCAAGCGGGUGCUGGGCAACGUGGUGAUGGCGCGGAUCGUGACAAAGGAGAUCAUCAUCAUGGCCGGCGAGCCGCAGUCCGCCGACUGGGCCCGCAGCGCCUCCCUGGAGCCGCCCCCCGAGGAGGUGGCGCGCAUCCAGACCUUCAUGCAGGCCAUAGCGGUGCAUGUGGCAGACCGUCAGAGUGACGACCUGGUUGCCGAGUUCCUGGUGGGGGACGUCACGGCGGCGCUGUUCGAGCGGUUCGGCAAGUCGCUCAGCCCGCAGGCGGCGGCGGCAGCACCUGCAGCGGGAGGGGGAG